AUGGCAGAAACUCCGUCGAAUCGUCCAUCAGGCCCUCGAUCGGAGAAUUUCGCUCAUGAUCUUCGUGUCGAGGGGAUUGUGGAAGAAGCACCCGAUGAUAACGAUGUCCAGCACAACGUUAAUCAUCUGAAUGAUCCUGUUACACCAGGAGCACAACCUGAAAUCCCGAUAAGUUCGAUUUUACCUCCUGGUGAAACUCCGAUUUCAUGGUACGUAAGAUCUCAGGGUGCACUAAACGCAGUCUAUGCACAGGCUGCUCAACCUGCAACUCAGUCACGAAGAUCUACAUCUCGGGCGAAGAGAUCACCGCGACGAACAGUACUCUUACAGACGUCAGUCAGUCCAUUCAGGUUGGGCCCGCGUUCAUACCAGAAGUGGGAUACCCAAACCGAUGAGUAUGACAGGACAUAUGAAGAAGGUGACAAUACAAGCGUUUUCAGCCGAUUGCAGAGAGAUCAUGCAAACUACAAACCAAAAGUCCAUGAGGUUUACAACCCAGACGCGGAGUAUGAUUAUAACCUGAUUUACCGACCAGCAGAAGCUGCGGAAAACUCGAAGUUUGUAAGCGAAAUUGCUCUAGCUCCCCUUGAGAGGGCGAAAUUACCGUCAAAUGUUGGGAAGUUCAACGGACUGUCGGAUCCCGACGACCAUCUACGUGUGUUCACCAGCGCAGGGUUAGUCGGAGGAUGGACGUUACCCAUGUGGUGCCAUUUAUUUGUCCAAACUUUGACAGGCGCAACACGAUUGUGGUUCGACAACUUGCCAGUGGGUAAGUUAACAUCCUGGGUAGAUUUAGGGAGAAGUUUUUGGUCCAUUUCAGUCAACAGCGCAGAUCCGUUAGAGACUGCAGAUGUUAUGAACAUCUGGAGAAGAGACGAUGAAAGCUUAGAAGAUUUCAUAACAAGGUACAACAAAGAAGUGCUGGAAAUCGGCGAUAUACACGAGCACUUAAUCCGCGCGCAAUUCAAAUACGCGGUAAGGUGUGAUGAUAUGAUAAAAGUCUUGUCAGGAACUGAAGGCUUGCCAAAAAGUUGGGAAAAAUUGAUAGUUGUUGCUAAAAUCUAUGCUCAAACAGAGCGCAAUCUAAGCUCCAACAGGCCACCACUACCACAUAACCAUCAGCAGGACAUGAGUGGGAACAGUGGUAGAAAAUUCAAGAAAAUUUGGAAGGACCUAGCUUCAGGCGCAUACUUAUCCGAUGACGCCCGCGCAACAAUUAACAAGCUAGCAGCAAAAAAAGAGGAUAAACAAGAGAAUCGUGAAAGACAGUGGACUCCUCUUACCAAGACGCCAGCAGAAGUGCUUAGCACUGAAUAUUACCAAUUCAAAACACCCCCUCCGAUGAAAAACAAAAGAGGACAAGACCCAAACCUUUACUGCGAAUAUCACAAAGACAAUGGCCACACCACAAACAACUGCAUAAGUCUCCGCACGGAAAUAGAGAAAGCACUAAAGAGUGGAGAACUCACCCACUUGGUUCAAAACGUGCGCAAAGACAUUAAGCAGAUCACGCGCGGGGACGAAGGGCCGAGCAGCAAAAAAGCUAAAGAAACUUAA